AAGUUACUCCAGCGAAACCACACCUGUUUACGUAAUUGCAGGAUUAGGCCUACCUGUUAAUGCCCAUGACACCACAAGGCUUGACAGGUUAUAGAGGAGUGGUAGUGGAUUCGUCGCAUGACUCUUAGCAGUUUGUCACUUGUCACUACUUGAAGAUGGCGGGGAUUAAAGGUUGGUUUCAUUGGCCUUCGCAGGGUCAAUUGGUAUGACCUUGGUUAUUCUAGGAUGUGCUCUGCCGUCCUACAAGAUUUGGUGGCCUUUUUUUGUUGUCCUCUUCUAUAUACUUGCACCCCUACCAACUCUGAUUGCUCGCCGCUACAAUGAAAACUCUGGAGCCAGCAGUACAAGUGCUUAUGAGCUGGCAAUAUUUGUUACAAUGGGGUUUGUGGUGUCAUCUUUUGCUCUGCCUAUCGUGUUAGCUCGUUCGCCAUCAAAUGAUCCAGUUAUUCAGUGGGGUGCUUGUUACCUGACGUUAGCAGGGAAUGUUGUUGUCUAUGCAACUCUAGUUGGGUUUUUCAUGACCUUUGAUGCAGAGGACUCCGACUAUACUAUGUGAUAAUUUUGCUGUUGGUUUUUAGAUUUGUGUACAUAAAUUUGCACUGCAUGCGGCUGAGGAUGGACGCAUUUUUCUGUUUCGAUCAGAAGUUUAAUGAAUAUAGGGACAACAAUGUUCCAUGGACAAAGGUUAAAAUUUUAUAAAUAUAUGAAUAUGAGGGACACUGUUUGUAUGAUAUUUUAAAGUUAAAUCAGUUGAUGUCAGAAUCUCAAUAUACAGCUUUUCUAUGGCUUGAGGACUAUAAAGGUGAGAGUUUCAACUCACAUUUGUAAGUUACUGGAUCAGUGAAAAAGGCUGUAAUGCUUAAAUGAAAAUCAGGAAUUAUAUAAUUAUUUCUUCAACAACUGUUUCUGUAAGACAUUUGUGUUUCUGAUAUUAGCACAAAAGGCAUUUGUAUUUUUCAUGUGCUGCAGGUGGUUAUUUUAGUGAAACCUGAAGUGAUGACAGAUAACAGUUGCAACUACAUUAUUGUUAAUUUAGUGUGACUGUAGUUGAAUCUCCAGAGUUACUGAUUUCUGAUGUGUAAAUAAAAUUAACUAACUUGUUUAUGUUAACAUAUAAACAUAAGCUUUAAAAUAUUAGUUAUACUGUUAGAAUAUAUUGAACAUUUUAUUUUCAGUUGUUAAUCUGCUUUAUUUAUUAUUUUUGUAGCAAGAAUAGUUUAGUCAGGCAGAAAUGUUGAGUUUUAUUAGGAAGUGAUUGAGUGCUGUUCAUCAUUUCAAAGUAACUCUGCAUUAUCAGAAACAAUAUUUGCAAUUAACUUCUGUAUGAAAUGCAGUACACUGACCAUAGCAUGCGCAAACUCUCUGUAUUCGAUUAGGAUAAUUUUCAUUGUGUCAGCACAGCACGAUUUAACAUUCAGUAAAAUUCUGAAUAGUGCUGUACAAAUGUGUUACAGUGGGUGACAACAUAUGUUUUUCAGAUAUUUUUGUUUCACUCUGAAAGGUUAAAAGGUUUAUAAUUUUGACAUUGACAUUGUUACGUAAGCAAGAUUAGCUUCUGUGAUUCAGAGCAAUAAUGCAAUUGUUAAUAUGGAGACAAUCUACAUUGUAACAAUUAAGAGAAUUUUAGCAGUGCAUGAGAGUAAGUUUGGUGAACAUUCUUAUUGCUUAUAAUGGCAUGUUUUCUUGCCUGCAUUUAAUUUGUACUGUGGAGCCAUUUCUUUGUAUGCAACCCAUUUCUGAAAUGUAUCUAUUGCUGCCAUUGUAAAAGAAAAUUAUGAUAUUGUUAUGAGUCAGAAAACUGCUUUUCUUUGCUCGUGAGUGCAUAUUAUCAGUAUUAUAGUAGCUUGUAGAGCAUCUGACGCAAAUAUUUGAUUCUUC